CAUACAGUAGACUGCUUCUCGGGAAGUAAAGACCACAGCCCAUUUGUGGAAACGUUCAGCUGGUUCCCAAAUCCUCCUGAUCUACAAAGGCAUCCUCUAGAGGAAAGUGCUUUUGGGCACUAUGGGUCUGGAAGAGCUUUCGUUACUCCGUCACCGCUUCACCAUUCUGUUGGACUUCAUGCUGGGUGCCGUUCCUGCCAGUUGAAGGAAGGUGGAGAAUCCUGCCGUUGUUUUUGUCACCUCACCGCUCCCAUGAGAACUCUUAAUGGAAACAAGCCCCGUCUGUGUAAGGUAUGUGGGAAGGACUUUAUCUAUAUGUCCAACCUUAACAGUUCUCUGACAUCCCUCAGUGGUGAGACGUGUUACGAAUGUGGGCAGGAUUUGUAUAGUGUCUCUUCCUUUGGGACUCAGGUGAGAGGUUACAUGCAUGAGUUUGCAGACUGCUGGAAAACAUACGGUUUUCCUCCGUCUCUCCUCCUCCUUAAAAGACUCCAUCGCAGAGGUAAGCCUUACGAGUGUAAGGAAUGUGGGAAAGCCUUCGGCAUGGCCUCCUCCCUGAGUCGACAUAUAAAAACCCACCGUGGAGAGAGGCCUUACGCGUGUCGAGAGUGCGGGAAAGCCUUCGGUCAGUCGUCCCACCUCAGCACACACCUGAAAACCCACAACGGAGAGAGGCCUUAUGGGUGUACCGAGUGUGGGAAGGUCUUUAGUUACUCCUCAGCCCUCACUACGCAUCGGCGAACUCACACGGGAGAGAGGCCCUACGAAUGUAAGGAGUGUGGGAAAACUUUCAGCGAUUCCUCAGCUCUCACCAAACAUGUGCGGACUCACAGCGGAGAGCGGCCGUAUCGGUGUCAGGAAUGUGGGAAAGCCUUCUGCCGGUCCUCCCACCUCACCACACACAUGAGAACCCACAGCGGCGAGAGGCCCUACGAAUGCAGCGAGUGUGGGAAAGCCUUCAGUCGAUCCUCGCACCUCACUUCCCAUCGGAGGGUUCACAGCGGGGAGAGGCCUUACGGAUGCAAGGAAUGCAGCAAGGCCUUCAGCGACUCCUCAGCCCUGACGAAGCAUCUAAGAACUCACAACGGAGAGAGGCCGUAUGAAUGUAAGGAAUGUGGGAAAGCCUUCUGCCAGUCCUCACACCUCACUUCCCACAUAAGGACUCACAGCGGAGAGACGGUGUCAAAAGCGGGGCCCUGAGUGACGCUUCGAUUUCAAAGAAACGGUAACAGAGAAAAUUAAACACGUCUUAAAGCAAAAACAUUUUUCUUGACAUCGGGCAAGAAUGAAAGCCGAACCUCAAAGCCAUGGCAGCAUCACCAACGUGGCCGUCAGUCCAUUUGUAGCAGGAAAUACGACGGACGAGGACCAAGGUUCUCCAUCGAGACCUCGGCCCUGCCACUCGAGCAAAUACAGAAGCGUCUCAAGAAAACCAGAGCCUUCAGAGCAAAGUGAGAUUGAGCGCAAAACUAAUGAGUCAGAAAGCAUAAAAGCGAUGAAAGGAUCAGCAAGUCUGAACGUAGGUUUUGUGGAGGAGCCCUGAGGUUGACCACCAUUGCCAACGUGAGCCAAGUAAAAAAAUCGCAAGUCAUUGCAAGUCAGGCUGGAGACGAGUGUCAUUACAGCAGCAUCAACUUCGUCCACAAGGUUCGGGAUAAAUGGCAGCGUAGCGUGCACUCACAAAUUUGAAAGCCUUGAGGAAAUGGACAAAUUCCUGGAAUCAUACAGUCUACUCAAAUUAACAGAAACUGGGAGGAACGUCUGAACACAGCCAAGCAAAAUAGAUUGAUGAGGUUACGGGGGAAGUUUUUUUCCCCCUUUUUUCAGCCUUUCUCCCAAGGAGCGGCUGGUGGUUUCAAACUGCCGACCAUGCAGAUCACAGCCCAAGGCGUAACCACUACACCACCAGGGCUCCUCUUGGGGGGAAAAGUCUAAGGAGAACAACACGUUUCCCUGGACAGUUUCACUGGAGACUUCUGCCCAGCAUUCACAGAAAAGUUGAAACCACACUAUUCAAACUGUUUCAGAAGAUGAAACAAGAAAGAAUUCUCUUGAAUUCCAUUCUGGAAAGGAAGCAUAACCCUGCCAGGUAAAGACAUCCCUGAAAGUGUACCAAUAUCCCUCAUCGAGAUCCCUGCUUAAAUCCCAGACCUUAAACUUGAACAGUAGUAGCAAACGAUGAAUACAUCACUACCAACUGGUUUUUGGCUCAGCAUUACGAAACCAAUCGGUGUCAUUCAGCACCCAACUAAAAGAACUAUCUGGUUAUCCAAUCUCAGAAAAGUCAUUUAAUGAAGCCCGACGUCCACUCUUGGCAAAAACUCAACAGACUAGGAACAGAAAUGAAAUCCCUCAUCCUUAAGGGCACAUAAUACAAAACCAACUGCUAGCAGUAUCCCCCAUGGAGAGAGAUUAAAAAGAUAUACAUUGUGAGUGGAAACAAGACUAGGGUGUCCCUGUCACCACACUUGCUCAAUAUUAUACUGGAAGUCUUGCCGAGAACAGUAAAAGAAAGAAAGAAAGAAAAGAACGUCAAGAAUAUUCAGAUUGGUAAGAAGUUACAAAAUAAAAGCAAGAACCCUCCAUUCACAUUUUACCCGAUCACAUAAAAUCUCAGAGACUUUGCAAGAAAGCAACCGGCACUAACGUUCCAUCAAAGUGACAGGGUAAAAUCAACACCAUGAAGUCGUCUGUUGCUUUCCCCCAAUAAAAAGUGCACGCGGAAAAGGUCACGCUUCAUCAUGGAAACGGCACCAUUUUCAAUCUCCCUCUAAACGAUGGAACAGGAGAAACCCUAACAAGCAACCUAAAAGGUUUUAUGCAAAGAGAUGUAGGAAACACCACUGGUAAAUGAAACAGGAACCUUUAGUGCUCAUGGAUAGGGAGAGCUAACCUCGGGAAGAUAUCCUAUCUACAAGCCUUCAUGUAUAAUGCAAUCCCAGUCCAAAUUUUAACAGCAUUUCUUAAUGGAAAAGUGAAUCCCCAACGUCCUAUGGAAACACAGGACUGCCAUCUAUGGAUUCCAAUGAAGAAUCCGUGUGUUGGAAUUCCGGUGGAAGGGAAGAAUAUUGGAAGUACCAUGGGCUGCCGACAGGGCAGAUAACUGUCUUGGAAGAAGUGCAGCCAGCAUGCUGUGUCGACGCAUGCUGGGGAGACCUUCUCGUGUACUUUGGACGUGUGUUUGGGGGAGAUCAGUACCUGGUCACGGACAACAUGCUGGAUAAAGUAGAGUGUCCGUCAAGGAGAAAGGCUUUGACAAGAUGAGUCGACACAGUGUUGCAACGAUGGUUUCAGAGAUGACAGUUGUGGGGGAUCGCGCGGGUUCAGGCAGCAUCUUGUUCAUCUCUACAGAGGUUCCCUGGAGGUCAGAUCGGUCUCAACACCCAACACAGCACCCGGAUAGCGCACAAAGUGACCCUGCGGGUUUCCAAGGCUAUGGAUCUUAGUGAGAGUGGAAAACGUCAUCUUUCUCCUACAGAGCAGCUGGUGGGUUUGAACUACUGACCUUGCAGUAGACAGUUCAGUAUGUAACCCACUAUGUCGCUGCUGCUGUUUACAGAGAAAGCGGGCAAAGCACUGUAGAAAGAGGAGGGAUACGGUGGGAGGCCUCCCCGUUCCUGAUUUCACAAUCACCUCUGUGACACAGUAGUCAAACCUACUCCGUGAUGGCACAAUGACAGGCACCGGCGAAAGGAACUGAAUGCAGGGCACAGAAGCCCAGCCCUUGAAUGGACAGCUUGAUCUUUGUCAAGGUCAACGGCGACGGCAUGGUAAAGGAAUGUCUGUUCAGGACGAUGCUUAUAAGACACACGGAACAUGACCAGCUACGGGAAAAAGAAAGCAGGUCCUUAACCUCACACCAUGUGGUAAAAAACUAAUAAAGAGACCCAAUGGCCUAAAUGUAAAACCUCAGACUACAAAGGCUAUGUGUGGAAAUAGCCAUGUCCCUAGCAUGCAUAGAAGCAUAAAUUGCAUACCACAUAGCAUAAAUCAAAUACUACGUAGCAUACAUUGAAUACUGCGUAGCACAAAUCGAAUACUACAUAGCAUAAAUCAAAUACUACAUAGCACAAAUCUAAUACUACAUAGCAUAAAUCGAAUACUACAUAGCACAAAUCUAAUACCACAUAGCAUAAAUUGAAUACUGAGCAUAGUAGUGUACAAACUGGAAGGUAAAUAACUGAGAGAUCCCAAAAUUUGAACAUUUAUGAUCAUUGAAAGAUUUCACGGAAAGUUUAAAGAAAAGAAACUUUAAAACAAAAGAAAAGAAACUUUAGGGAAAAGAAUUCUUUGGCUAAGACAUAUCUGACGAGGGCUCUCUCUCUAAAAUUUAUUUAAAAUGUCCACAUCGUAAUCAUCAAAACACAACCUUAGUUAAAAAUGGACAAAGGACAUAAGUACUCCUACCACAAGGACCUUCAGGGCACUAACCAGUCCAUGUAAAGAUGCCUGAGAUGCUUAGUCAUGGGAGAGACAAGUAAGAUGAGAUACCGUCUCAUGAGAUACUGUCUCACCCCAGCAAUCGUGACAUUGCUUUAUAAAAAGAGAGAAUGCUGAUUGCCCGAACGGCUUUGGGUACCUUUGGGCGCUUACACACUGUUGCUAGAGAGGCUUGUGAAGGGGAUACCUCUGCUGUACAAAUCAUGAUACUGCUUCCUUAACAGGUAGAACUAGACACAAACAAUCCUGCUCUCUCCAUUCGAGGUAGAUAGCCCUAGAGAGACAAAACCCUGACACAAUGAGGCACCUCCACACCCAGGCUCGUUGCAUCAUGACUCAACUGAGCAGAAACGUAGAGACAGCCCAAAAUGUCCCGUCGGUGGGUGAAUAGACAGGAUACGUAGCAUAUACAUGCCGUGGAUAUCAUGCACUGGUGGGGAAUGAUGAUGAAUCUGCAAACCAUCUCACAACUUGGAUCAGCCCGGAGGACAUGCUGAAGUGAAUACGUUAAACUCCAGAGGGCAAAGAGGAGUGUAUGAGAACGCUAUUAUGAACAGCCAAGAAUGUUGUUGGUUUGUGUUUGCAGAAAUACUAUUCUUUGACACUUACCAGUCUUUGAUAGCUCCCAAGUAUAGUUUAUGAUGAAUACUUCUAUUUACAAGUGCACAUAUUUUCGUAUGCAUAGAAUAGAGACUAGAGGGAGCACCGAUUUAGAAAACACUUAUGUGUUUCAAAUGGAACUGCUGGACUUGAACACUAGGGGCUGCAUAGUUCCAGAGGACACUUAGUGUCCAUCUGCCAAACACAAUCCACUGAGAACGUGUUAGACAGCCCGGUCAGAGGUGUAUCCGCCAGGGUCUUCAAAGCUUGCAUUUGGCCCUUUACGAAGCAACUGUUGUUCUCUUCCCACCUGGAGCAAAUGAGAAGGAAACAAAUCGGAGAUUCAAGGAUGCCGUGUGUCUGGAGGACGGAUGGAGCCCAAGAGCCACACUCUCCUUGCACCUGAGAUCCAAAGAGCUGGAAUGGUGCCCGGUGACAGCUAGGAACCACCGAGUCAGACCGCAAUAGGAAGGUCCCGAUCCGAAUGGAUAAAAAGAAUACAGAACAAAAUUCAAAAUCAAAUCACCACACGGAACGAGCUGAGAGAGAAUAGGGGAAACUGAGGCAGCCUUCUACCUUUAAAUUGAAGAUACUCCCAGAGGUCAGCGUUCACCCGGUUCUCCCAUACCCGACCCGAGGGGCAGCAUUUGCCCAAACGCGGCAGGGAUGGGAAGUCAGAGAGACUGGUUCCAUGGGAAAUGGGGGAAAUGCUGACUUGCGGCAGGGAUUUCAACCAAUGUCCCAGAGCAGCUGUGGUUAAGCACUGGAUUGGAGAAGAAAACACAACACUCAAGACACCACCACUGCUUCGGAAUUGGGAAGCAUCCUCCUAACUGCUCUCGUUUCAAACAGCACAUGCACAAAAGUCGGGGACGAGAGAUCAGCGUUUCUCGGUGGGCAGGAAGCUGCUCUCACAGGGGACCUGUUAGUGCUGUGUUGUGUCUUUGAAAGAGAAUAGUUCCAUCGAAAAGGCUUCUCGCCUACUUCCUUUAUUCAAGCGAAUUGUGGUUUUCUAUUUCCUAGUGUUUUUCUUGAUGCUGUUUUAUGUGCGAUUAAAUGCGCUCGUAUUUGGUUUU